AUGACUACUCUAUUGUUCCUACGCGAACAGUCCAGCGUCAUCGACCAGAGCACCAGCAUAGCGCGCGCAACAUUAUGCGAGCUCUUAGCUAUCAAGAUUCUGCGCAACUUUCACGAUGAUAAUCCAGGUCUAGACGGUCUCUUGCUACUCUCCAAGAUGCUGGUCCAGGGCUUUGAUCCCUUCCAUGGCGCUCCUCCUGAAGUUGAACAGUACGGGCGCUAUCCGCAAUGGCCGAUUCAGAAGCGUGGUGGCCAUGAGAGGAAGCUGACAGCACUCGAACUCGCCAUCAUAUCCGAGAGCAAGAAUUUUGUCAGUUCUUCGGGAUGUAGACGAGUGAUUGAUGCAGUGUAUCGUGGCCAGAUCGUCUACACCCCUCUGUCGUUUGUUGAUAUACUCCCAAACCAUUAUGAGUAUCUCCCUGUGUCUUUAUAUGAGCCGCGAAAGGCACCGCUGCUUGACCAUCACCGUCUCGUGGUUCCGCGCACCCGGUACAUGAUCGAGCUAGUGCACUACAUCAUCCUUACUCUUCUGUAUGUUUACACGAUGCAGUAUCGUGAUCCUGAGAACUUGACUGGAAAUGAGGUUGUUUUCAUUCUCUAUUCUGCUGGUUGGGUACUCCAUGAACUUGCUGCCAUCAUUGAGCAUGGAUGGAUGAUUCACUCACAGACGUUAUGGUCGUUCUUGGAUCUCUCAUACACUGUCAUCUUUAUGGCGUACAUUACUGAUCGGGCAUAUGAGCUGGCUGUAAGCAGCGUGCAGAAUGGCAUGGCACAUAACAUACUCUGUCUUGCAGCUCCAAUUCUUCUGACCAGACUGGCCUUCAACAUCUUGCCAGACCAUAUCGUCUUCAUUUCACUGCACGCCAUGAUGAAAGAGUUUCUGAUCCUCACAUUUCUCGCGAUAUGGUGUUUCACAGGGUUCCUGUUAGCGCUGCAGUGGCUUUCUCCAGGGGAAGGGUCCAUUUCGGACGAUUUCACCAUCAUCAAAUGGCUACUGUGGAUCUGGUUCGGACUGGAUGGAACAGGAAUUGAGGAAUCCAUACAGUUUCAUGCCAUUCUGGGUCCGGCACUGACAAUCGCGUUUGCCUUUCUCGGCAACACUCUAUUUCUCACCAUCCUUGUUUCACUCCUCACCAACCGGUUCAGCACCAUCGUCACAUCUGAGGAUGUUGAGAUCCAGUUCCGAAAAACCGUCCUCACGUUUGAAGGCGUGAAAAGCGAUGCGAUCUUUGCAUAUCCACCACCCUUCAACCUAUUUGCUCUGCUGAUACUGCUUCCUAUCAAACCAUUCCUGUCGCCGCUCGAGUUCUACUCGAUCCACGUGUUUCUCGCACGACUUGUUAAUGCACCUCUUUUAUUUUGCGUUGGCUUCUAUGAGCGUCGACGCCUAUGGACUUUUGGACCAGACGCAGCAAAAGUCUCGAGAAUGUGGAAGUUCACGGGUUUCUCUCCGCACGGUGACAUACAGGCUGUGUUUGAAGUUGAAGCCCCAGCGGAAGUUUUGCGAGAGGCUGAUGAAUUGGAUGGCUUGAGCGAAAUGGGCUUUUCUGAUGGUGAUGCCGUAUCAAGACUUUCUCGAGAAAGGGAAAUAAGAGCACCGGUUGUAUUUAGUCUGAGCAAUGCAGGGACAUGGUCUCCAGGACAAGCACCCGUAGUUUGA